AUGGCCAGCACAAUGAACACCGAUUCAAAUUCUGCAACAGCUGUUCAGGGAGUUAAACUGAAUGCUCUUCAUCAGGCUGCGUCUUUGCUGGAUAUGCGAGCUGCUAAGGAUUGUGCCAUCAACACAUUUGAUGAUCAAGAGCAGAUCAUCAUUAGCGCAGCUCUUGUUAAACCAAUUCUAGGUGUGUUCUUGGAGCAAAUUGAAUAUGUUUUGGUGGUGGCCACCCCAUUGGAAAUCAUUCUUCUUGGAGUUGCAUUUUCCAAGAAAGGACAGGAUGGAGUCUCGCGUGGAUCUAUGUCUAUUUAUCGUACAGACAUGUCUAUUGCCUCGGAUGGAGUCAACAUGACCAGCAUAUUUGGUACUGAUACUGGACGUAUAUUUAUGCGAGGAAACAAUGGGCAGCUAUAUGAGUUAGAAUAUGAGUCUCAAGAUGGAUGGUUAACCAGAAAGAUAAGGAAAAUCAAUCGUACCUCGAGUGGGAUCAUAUCGUAUAUUCCAACCUUUUUACUGUGGGGAGGUGAAAAUGCCGUUAAACUUGCAACUGUUGACAACAAUCUCAAGGCACUAUAUACUAUUUCUCCAACAAACGAUGUUUCGGUAUACUCUCUUGGUCCAGAUGGAAAGGGUAUGACUCGUGUUGCCACAAUAUCCGAUCUAUUUUCUCGAACUAUAGGCUUUUCUGCGUUUAUUCCUCAAAGUGCAUUGGAUGAGCCCAAAUUCGAAAUUGUGUCCAUCUAUCCAGUGUCGCUCAACGAGUCUCGUCAAAUCCACAUGGUUGCUGUGACGUCGACAGGAAUUCGUCUCUACUUUUCGUGUACUCAGCAUAUUUCUCACAAUAGCUACAUGCAUGACUCAAAUACCAUAGCUGGCCCUACUGGUCUUCGACUUGUAUUUGCACUGGGGCCUCCUGUUGUUUCACAAGGAUUAUCCAGUUAUAAUGUAGUUGGGAGUGCUAAGAUACACGAAGCAUUUUAUGCCAACGGAUUGCUGAUUGCAUCACAGUCAUUUUCAGAUGAGGUUGAUCGUGUCAUUGGAGUGUCCAUGAACUGCGGUAUGAUGGCACAGACUUCACCAAUGUUUUUAUCUGAACUGGGAAGUUUUGUUGAUGUUGAUGGCAAAACAUGGGCAAUUGCUGAAGCUUCUACUAAACCAUCAAGCAAGGACAAACAUUCAGUAGCAAACACCCCGGGAAUGGCUCUUAACGAACUUGCGAUGCAGUUUGAAUAUCCGGCAAGGCGGUUUCAUUUGUUGACAAAUAUGGGUUUAUCCACUAUUUCCAAACUUCGUCCUAUAGAUUUGUUGGUUCAAUUGCUUAAGCAUUCUAACGGACAGGAUCUUCGAGGGUUUGAAGACUUUUUUAUUACGUAUGGAAAAGAUCAGAGCUGUGCAAUGUCACUUGGCAUUGCGUGUGACCAUUCAUCCAUCAAAUCUGGACCUACAGAUAUUCUGUUACCAGCUGUGGUUGCACUUGCCACCAGACUCUUUUUUGAAUUUGGUGGGAAAGCCACUUUGAUUCAAAGUCAGCCCCAUUUAUCAGGAGGUGGUCCACUUGGAGUUCCUGUAUCUACAUUUGAAGUGCAUUAUAGUGCCAAACAUGACGGAUUGGCACUUUACCUUUUGCGUGCACUUCGUCCUAUUUGGACUGUUGAGCUUAUUCAAAAAAAGUAUCGAUUUGUCUUUAACAGGAAAGCUGCAGAUGGAUCAGAGAAAUGGGAAGCUACGCAAAGUAUUCAAGAUCUGAUUUUAGUGCAGAUGAAUCUAGCAUCUCUUGAUAAAUUUCUAAACAAAUAUCCGCGUUUUACUGCUUUACCAACCCCUGAUACUCGUCCCUCUGGCGUCGAUCCUGAGGCCUGGAAGAAAGAACAAGAGUCUCUGGCAAACAUGCACGAAUUGAUCCGCCAAUCUCUUGAGACAAUCUCAUUUGUAUCACUUUUGAUAGACUACAAACUUCCUAGUAUGAUUGCAGGCAUGACUGAAUCUGAGAAGCGCGAACUUAAAGGAUUUACUUUCCAGUCUCUUGUGUCUUCAUCAAAAGGCCGAGAUAUUGGUAAAAUGUUGAUGACAUCGCUUGUUAAUAAGCAGAUUGAAAAGGAUAUUGGAGUGGAUAUUAUUACUGCUACUUUGCAGCAACGUUGCCCAUCCAUUUGCCAAACAAACGAAGUAAUGUUUUUCAAGGGAAUUGAGUGUAUCCAAAAAGCCAAACAAGCGGUUAGUCGCAAUGAGCAGCUCACUAUUAUUGGUGAAGCCCUCAAACUUUUCAUGUCAGUGGUCAAACAUAUCCAUUUUGAAAAACUGAGAACUGUUGUUGAGAGCUUCAAAAGUCUCCAGUACUAUACUGGCGUUGUGGAUCUUGCUCUGGUAUAUGCUGCUGAGCAAGACACUACCGAGUCUUUGAACCUUGACAAUAUCUCUUCUCGAUCUUAUUAUAGACGCAUUGAAAGCUACCGAUUAAUUUUUGGAAUGCUGGCCAGUAUUGAUGAUAUGAUUGCUCAGCCACAAAACUCCAAGUAUUUCCAGACUGCUGAAGAUAUGGAAGCCAUUAAAGCUCAAGUUUUUGCUCGAGCUGUAGCUUCAUCUGAUCAAGCUUUUCAUACAUCGCUUUAUGACUGGCUUAUUGAACAAGGCCGCCAUACUGAUUUGCUCCAGAUUCAAUCACCAUAUCUUGAAGACUACUUGAUUGCCAACAAGAGUGAUUUGAACAAGGCUGAAUAUUUGUGUCAAUACUAUGCACGCAACAGCCGGUUUUCCGAAGCUGCCAAAAUUUGUUCGUUUAUGGCCCAAUCUCCUGGACUUUUACUUUCCAGACGUAUCGAGUAUCUUACCAAAGCUGUAACAAACGCCAAGAGUUCUGCUGGGCACGAGUUUGGUGGCAAUCAAGAGCUUCUUAAUCAAAUUACCGAUGAUUUGGAUGUUGCUCGACUUCAAUUUGAAAUUUACAACCGUGUUUCUGUCAUGCCCAAUACGGAGCAUGCUCUGAACGAUCUAAACUACAAUCUUCAUGAUGUCACUUUGUUGUUCCACAACUAUGCUCGGCCCUAUCAAAUGCAUGAUCUUGUUUUGGCAAUUCUUCAUAUUGCGGAUCAUGGUGUACAAGUUCGUGGUGUAGUAGAAUCGGCUUGGAUUGCUAUUUUCUAUCAAACGAAAGAAGAAGCGCUUGCUACCGGCCGCUCUCCCAUUGAAGCUCUUGGCGACAAAAUUGAAGAACUUGGUCGGAGAUUUUAUCCAAACGAUAAUGUGUUCCCACUAGGAUUUUUAAUCAAUAAGCUUGAACAAGAAACUUACGAAUUUGAAGAUGACUCUUCAUUACACAAGGGAUGGGUGGUAGAUGCACUACGUGGCAUCAAUGUACCAUUUUCCACCAUAUUCAACACUUUUAAUGGGCUGUUUGAAACCAAGCUUCCACCAUGGUCAUCAAACAAGGCAUUGGCAUUUUUGAUUCAAGAAAUUUUGGUGUUGCUUGAAAAAUGGCUAAAACAUGUUCGGACUCUCCCUACAACUUCCUAUGAAAAGGAGGAUUUUCCUAUACCGAUAGUUGAUGAAGCAAUUAGCAAGUAUCUUGUCACUAUCCAUGCAGACGAAACCCAGAUUGUAGAUGCUCUACACAAAAUCCAAUCCCAACUUCGACGUGCGUUUUGAUGAUUGAACCAGGUUAAUGAUUUUAUACCAAGAUGAAAAUAAAAAUGCCUAUUAAUAAACGA